ACUUCCUUAGGGAAUGAUCGGCCGUAUUAUACACGGAGCAGCACGGACAAUGGCUCUGGCUCCAGACUGUAUUAUGAUUACAGUUCUCCCACUCCAGGUACAUACCGAAAGACGUCAACGGCGACCGUCAAUUCUAUGCCAGAAGGUAUGAAGAAAAACGAUGCGGAAUCAGUCAGUUCAAAAAACAAUAUUUCAAAAACAGACACAGGUUCGAAUUUAUUGGACAAAAACCGUGAAAAAGAUAAUAAUAAAAGCGCGGACGUUGUUGUUGGAAAAGCUCAAACUACCACACCAUGGUACCAUUCGGCGUAUUCUACGUACAGCAGUCCUAGUAAAAGUGCAACCGAUGGAGAAGAGAAAUCUGGGGCAAGUGCUGAGAAGCAAACAACUGGGGAGGGUCAUAAGAAGGCACCUGGUCGUUUUUAUAUCAACAUGAAUUAUGAGCGGUGUUACCCGAAUUCUAGAACAGCUGAACAAAGAACAGGUACAGAGAAAGUAAUGAGUCCGUCAGAUAAGAAAAAAAUGUCGUAUCAGUCUACGCAGCCAGUUAAUUUGACACAGGAUGGGCCAGAUGACAAGACAAAAGUUGUCAGCCAACUUAGGCUAAAUAACUCGGACGAAAAACAAAACAAGUAUACACAUAACAGGCAAAUAUGGUCACGGGCAGCUGAUUGUACAAAUAUAAGCUCAGAAAAUCAUAGUGAUAGUAGUGAAAGAAGAGGACGUCGUGAGAUUUCAAACAGUGAACAGUCUGUAGUACAUAUCACAACAGCUGGUGAGAAAAAAAUUCAAAAUAUUGAUUUAAAAGUGUCUGGAAAAGUGAAAGAGGCCACAGGGGAUAAAGCGGAUACGUCGGUGAGUGAUCGAAAUUUCAAAGACUCAUCCAGUCAUUGUUUAAAGUCAUCUCGCGGUCUGACAAGUACACCGUGGCAUACAGCUAUGGGCGCGAAUGUUCAGUCGACUCACUCAUCCGAGUCGGCAAACGAAGAGGACGCAGGCAAGAACAUGGAGGGCACGAGCAGACGGCACGAGAGCAGGGACAGCUACAGAAACAGACACAAAAGCGAAGAAGAGGAUUACGUCCUCACGGAAUCCACAGCUUCAUUUGUGUUUCGGAACGGACAGUGGGUGCCAGAAGGGGGAUCAGACGACAGUUCUACCUCAACUCACAAGCCUCCUGAGAGAGUGACUUCAACGUACAGCGCGGCGCCAUUGUCGUCGUCAACUCAGUCUAGGAUAGACUCCACCUCGACGACCCGCGGGUCGGAGUUGUCAAACAGUGGACGUGAUAUGCCUUACAGAUCAACAUCCCAGUCAUCUGCUGGUAGCGUGAGUUCGUCCAAAUAUGAAUCUGCCUCAUCUAUGCCCGACUCUCCCGGGGUUUCAACCAGUUGGUAUCAUUCAAGGGGAGGUAAUUCUGAGCGGUCUGAGGACAGAUAUCGGGGUCGUCCUGACACUACGAACACUGACUCAACCCAGACUCAAGCUAAUAACACUGCUAUGAACUUAUAUACCGAGAGAAUGAAUAUUAUUUCUGGCUUUGAUCGAGACAUGGAUAGGGAAAGAAACAGAGACAAUCCUCAACAGACGGUGGUUACAGAAAAACUUCACAUUCCUAUGUCACCUCCUACUUUUACUGUAGGCAGCCCGAAGAAUAAAACAACGGGUAGUUAUUUGGAUCAAGAUUCCGGUAGGAGACAAAUAUCAGUCGAUAAUGCAACAGCUUCAUCUUCGUCAGGGCGACGUGGUAAUUUGGGAUCAACAAGUGGCAGGUCGGGUGAGUUCUCCUUUGAUAGAGGUACAAAAGAAACUCGAUCAAUGGCGGCAUCUGCAACUUCUAAUACACCGUAUUAUGUGACAGAACCACCCGAGGAAGAAAUAAGUCGAACCGACUCUAACAAUGACAAAACUUCAAUUCAGGACCGGACUUCACAGUCCGAUGACAACACAAUACUCUUUAUUGACGAAGAUAAUAUAGUUGAGAUAACCGAUGACAAGCCUAUGGGAGCUCAAAUUUCAAGCUCUGACAGGUAUGCCAGUAACAGUCGCCAUUGCCGCGAAGAAAACCUAUUUAAAUCUAGCCAUGGGACUGUAGAGUCACGACGCGGUGUAAGCUCAAGGGACACAGCCGAAUUGCCCGCAGGUGUAGACAUUACAACCGGCUCGAGCGACCUGACAGGUCAGCCCUACAGCGGUGGAAAUGUAAAUAGAGAAAAUAACACGACCUCUUCCGCCGGGUCUAGUCAGCCAAAUAUAACAGGCUUCAGUGGUCUAGAGAGAAAAUCACAGCACUCUGGAGAGAAGCGGGUCAGCGGAGACGGAACUGACGUUAGGAGUCCCAGUCAAGACACCUCAUGUGUAGGUGAAAAAAGCUCGCUUAGUACAAAUGAAAGGCUUGACACUGUCUCAACAGCAGAGCGACCCGGGCCAACCACACAACUGCCGAGAAAUAGUUCAGGCAGUGACUCACAACACCAGGACGACGGAGCGUUAGACAGCAUCGAGAACACAAGAGGUUUUUCUGAUCGAGGGAGCAUGUCGAACAACCAGAUAAGCGAGAGACGAGGUGGAAUUUAUUACAAUGAGAACGUCUCCCGGAGAAAUGUCACCGGUCUUCUCGCCUCCGAUCAGGAGGAUCGCAGGAGGGCUUUGGCCCUUUCGCAAACAGAGACUAGGCGCAGUGGUGAAAUGCUUCAAACUAACGACCGAUCUGAAGUGAGGCAAACACACGCAGGUCAGACCGCAACGAGGAGAGCGGCCGGAGUAGAAGUGUCUAAGGACGGGGACAGAAGUCGAUCGAGAGACGUAACGGACACCAUAGACAGGAACCGUAUAGACACCGAAUACAGAACUGAGACCCCCAGCGGAGAUGUCCAGGUAUCCAAGGUGAGAGAGGACAGACAUACCCACAGCCACCAGGAUAGACAAUUACAGGCAGAAAUAAAAAAGGACGGUAGGGAAGUCAGACAGUCCUCCUCAUCCAAAUCCGAGUCGGCUCAAGUGUCACGUGUGACAGAGUCUGGCGAUUCCAGAGUCUCACAGCGGCAGGAGAGACACUUCAAGAGUUCCAAGGUGACCAGGAGCAGCAGGACUUCCGGUUCCGGUUUCUCCAGAGACGGAUCACUGCAAAAGGCCAUUGGAUUUGGAUCUGACGACUCUGACGACGAUUGGCCGCGCGGUGGACGAAGUCGUGACUUUGGAGACGGUUCGGCGGUGUCCACCGGUGGGGAAGUUGACCGGUACACCGGACGAGAGUCUGACUCCGAUACUGAGCUAAAGGACGACGAACCUUACAGAGAAACCAUUGUCCAUGAGAACAAAGCGGCCGAAGUGUUGACCAAUUCCGUGUCUCGAACCGACAGAGAAGGAACCAUAACUCUUGCCGAGGAACGCCAGCGAGGACUGCUGGAUCGUGGAGUGACUAGGAAUAUUUCUGAGAGUGGCAAUAUUUCCACCCAACGCGUGCUACAGCGCCAACAGGUUCAGUCCGCAAGGAGGACGGCAUCGUCCAGCUACUCGCGGUCAAGUGGAAGUGGAGGUGGGGAUUCUGGGACUGUGUCUGCCGAAGACGAAGCCGUGAUUCUUGCGGCAUUGAUAGGGAGACUCGAAGAGAAGGAGGUUGCCCCGUUCAGCGCCAGUGAUCACCUGUCUCGACAGACCUCCACGAUGGGAUCGGAGAGUGGGGCCAUUGUGCCUAUGGUGAGGAAUACGGAGGAUGUAGAAGGGGAGGAAAAUGCCCAGAGUGCGGAGGAGCAGUCCAGAGCAAUCGCACGUGCCAAGCUUGAAUUCCAAGCUCGCCAGGCUAAAGUAAGACGCCCCGUGGCCCGUAAGAGGACGAUCAUCGUGGACGAAGAAAUGAUGGAAGAGAUGUUCCUGAGAUGCAUUAUCUGCCGAGAUCGCUACGAUACCGACGAGAAAACGCCCAAGCUUCUACCGUGCCAUCACACGUUUUGUCUGGAAUGUCUGAAGGAAAUGUUCCGUGUGGAAUCGGAGCAUAGGCAGACGCUGACCACGGCAUACCGUGACAAUGCCCCCAGCUUCGUUACCAUCCACUGCCCUACAUGCCGAGCCUCUCACAUGAUUACAGAUAAGGACUUUAAGAGUUACAAAUCAGACCACAAGCUUCUGGAACUGCUUGAGAUUUCAGCCUGUCCCAGCAAAGGUAGUCUUGGUUACUGUAAAAGUCAUAAAACCCAAAUCACUGACCAUUUCUGUGAGACUUGUCUCCAGGCUGUCUGCAGCGAUUGCAAAGUGUUGGACCAUCGUGAACAAGAUGGUCACGUGGUACACUCACGCGCUGAGGCGUUGAGGAUCUACGCCAAUCAGGCGUUGAUCACGUGCUGUAAUGCCGACAGCGAAGACCGGAAGCUGGCAGAUAUGGAGCGAAAUCUGUCAGGCGCCUUAGAUGUCAUCAACACAAAACUGUCCAACGCUGAGGAAAAGAUCAGGCAGACGUUCGACAAGUUCAAGGUGGCCAUCAACAACAGGCAAGAUCAACUGCUGGAAAAGAUCGAGACGGAAAUGGGGAACCGGAGAGAGGAAUUUUCAAACGAUUUGUCUGAGAUCACGAAACGCAUGGAGACAAUUGAGAAGACGCAGACCACCACGAAACAAGCCCAAGAGGACGAAGACGUCGAGCAGAUGUUCACAGCUCACCAGAAUGCGCGCGAGAUGUUCAAGAACACCUUCGAACCAAUCAAACAUCCUAAAUCAAAUAUUAAAUCGUCAUUUCAUUACGAUAAGCGUGACCGCGCAAACAUCAUGAACACGGUGUCGGACCACGGCAUGAUUACAUUCAUGAGCUAAUGCGAGCUUGUCAUUAAUCGAUCAAAUUGCAAAUCGUAAGGAGAGUUCUAUUGUUUCAUGAGUAUAAAAGAUACCAAAAUUUAAUUAGUAAAGUAUGCAAUUUAAACUACACAAUAAAUGUCAAACGUGGACUCUAAACAAUGUAUGUCUGCCACUUUGUUAUGCAUUUUAUGAACACUUUGUUACCAUAGCUACAGAGAAUGAGGACAGAAAGGUCAUGUUCAUAUUUUGUCGUCGUGUUUUAGUAUUUUUUUUAUAUUUUACUGGAGGAUAAAUUUCAUUCUCAGUGAAGAAUAUUUUUGAAGUUAACAGUUUCUUAAUGCUUUUUCUUGUUUUCAUAUUAAAAUUAUGACAUUAAGAGAAGGGGAGAAGCGUAUUUAGUGCUCUAUGUGUGAUGUGAAAUAAUAAAAAAUGAGCUAAGAAAGAUCUAAUUUUUGUUUCCAUUUUAUGUAAAAUAAGGUUUUUCACAGGAUAGGGCUCUAUGGAGAAAAAUCGUGCCAUAUUUGGGUAUGUGACUGAGAGUAACAAAAGUGCCGGAAGGAUAAAUCCCGUGAGAGUAAACAUUCCUUUCUUUUGGCGAUGGUGCGGUGCUGGCGAUCAACACGGCCAUUAAAGGCGUGACUGUCAUAUCGUUGUCACUACAAAUCAACGUUUUUCAAUGCGCAGAUUUUCAAAUAACCUUCAUACAAUGACAAAAAGUGUUUUCAGUAUGACUUUUAGUAAUUACUGACCGGCCCAUCAGGGUUAAACGCCUCUCCUGUAAACACAGAUUCCUAGAAUUCCAUCAGACGUGUACUAAUGUAUUUGUAUUUACAAGCAUCACUCAAAAGUGUAUCCAAGUGAUCAAAAUGUAUAUUUUGUAUUUUGACUGUUCCUUCAACGGCAUAUCAUAAAUGUAUUCGUCACGUUUCCUCUGUUCAGUAUUUUAAAUGUGUUUUCUUUCUCUUGUCAGAGAAAACUGUAUUUGAAUAAAAUGUUUUGAGAAUUGAAUGAAUCAUGUUUCAGAUACCAAAACAUCAUGACUUUGUAUUUUCAUUUGCUAUUUCAAUGAACUUUUUGUACUGUAUGAAUACAGAUUUUUGUUCUUUUCCAUACUUAUAAUUUUGUAAAUACAUAUAUCAUUCCGGACUAAGAUUAACCUCAAAGGAGAGAAACAGGCAAUAAGUAAGACCAUAUCCGUAUACGUUUGGAAAGACUAAUUUAUUAAGUGCGAUCUAGCGUAAAACAAGUGAUACUCAAAAGUAAACAAUUCGCCAGAAAAGUUGCUUUUAAAUUUUAUAUCCAAAUUAAGUAAAUGUUGUCAUACAUCCUCUAGAAUAUAAAAAUAUGUCUGUCAUUUUGAGGUCAGAUUUUAACAUGUCUGUGACAGUUCACUUGUAUAGUCGAUAACAAUCCUGACAUGCAAAGAUAUGUUUUGUAAAAUCUAUGUGUUGAAGUUUUGAAAUUAUGCCAUAAAAUCAAAGCUAUGUGUAACCAUUGUGAAGUUGUAUAUUCUAUGUACCUGACAAUUUCAGAAAGUCAAAGGACGUUGUUAAUUAUGUCAAAACAUGUUAAGUUCAUUGUACAACUGACAUCGUUUGAAAAGAGAUUUACAUUUAGAUGUCAUUAUUGUUUUGUUCAUCUCGUAUUAUUAGGUUUUAUGUGUAUAUGAAAAUUAUUAAUAAAAAAAGUCUUAC